AAAUCAAGUGAAGAUGGCGCUGAGGUAGACGGAUUGGAGGAAGGAGAAUCACAGCCAGCUAAUGGCUCUAUCUUUACUAUGACACUCAAGAACAAUCAUCUCAUCGUUGAGACAGAAGAAAGGAAUGAUAUAACGAAGAACGGUCGUGAAACGAAAAUGAAGUAUUCACCAGACAACGAUGGUAUUUUCGUGGUCGAAGUGCAGCAGUCUGCGGCGUAUCGACCAUGCAAGUCGAUCCAGAACUCACCACCUCAUGACCCUCAAAUAUCUACCAACCAAGCGCUAAUACAUCGCAUCCCAGAAGAAUUAGAAAGAAGAAUUAUCGAAGAAGACAGUGAAAGAAGUAGUGGAAAAUUCGAAAGACAGGCAUUAGCGUUAUCAAGUACUGGUCUUUCAAUCUCUGAUCUUAGUAUGUCUUCCAUAGGAUCUCAUAACGUGAGCUACUCUUAUAGUAGUCAGAUGGGAUAUGAACAGGGACCAUUUGGAUAUCCAGUUUAUACUGGUUAUGAUAUAUCUAAAGAUGAUACCGAUGGUAUUACUCAUGAUAAUUCUCAAGAACCACUAAUAGGUAAGACACCGACUGAUCCAGAUAAACCAGUCGUCACCGCAGCUAUCUUUAAACAAGAUUCAAUAAUUGGUAGUGAAGCUUUGCAAGGACCUGGUUACUGCAUCGAAGGCUCUACUGAUGGACCUCUCUUAUCUGAUGUACAAGCUAGAGAGUACAGCUUGCAACAUAUACAUGAUCUAAAAGAAAGAAAAAUGGAAAAUGGUGUAGCUAUACAGAUAUAUGAAAAGAAUAAAAGUACAGAGAAGAAAGAUAAAUCUGAUUAUAUUCCUUUUAAUUUAAAUAAUAAGCCUUCGUCAUCAGGUGAAGUUAUGGAGAAGAAAACAGAGGAUUUACCUUUGAAAGAUGUUCAUAAGAGUAUAAGAGGUUCUCUACCCACGAUUCGAGCUGAUGUUUAUGAAUCGGUGAAAGAAGUGAUGUUGGCUGGAUCUCCGAAGUUUGAGAAAUUACAAAAUGAGGUGUCACAGGAAGGUUUUGGUUACGAUAAUCCUCCACCAAUGAUCACCAUUACGGAGGAAAGCGAGUCUGGCAAGUCUGAUAGCACCAGCUAAAGUUGGCAACCUAAGUUAACUAUAAAUAUAAGUAGGGAUACGAUCGAAAUGUUUAAAGUGAAUAUGUUUGAAUAUUUUUUGAUGUAUUUCAAGCUGGAAAACUCCAGCAUUUAAUUUGACGUAUUUUUG